AUGCUCUCACAUAAAAGACUCGCCCUUCUGGCCUUAUCCAUCUUCAGCUCCUCGGCCGCAGCUACUAACUCUACAAUUGGACCUCGGGUCACAGUGAAGAAUGGUACAUAUGCUGGUGUUUAUAGCUCCCAGUAUGACCAAGAUUUCUUUCUUGGCAUGCCAUAUGCCCAAACAGCAGAACGGUUUACGGUAGCGAAGAGCCUUAACCAGAGCUGGGAUGAUGUUCGCUCUGCCACCCAGUACUCACCCAACUGCCUCAGUUAUGUAAUCGAAGAACAAGGCCAUAAGCUCUCCGAGGAUUGUCUGUACGUGAAUGUUGUUCGGCCAUCUGGAGUCAACGACACUGCAGAUCUGCCCGUGGCAUUCUGGAUCCACGGUGGAGGUUUCACAACGGGUGGCUCGGCCUACGCCAGAUACAACCUCUCCUUCAUCGUGGAACAGAGUGUCAAGAUUGGCACUCCCAUUGUCGCUGUAAGCUUCAACUAUAGACUCAGUGCCUAUGGCUUUCUUUCCGGUGGAGAGGCCACUCAAGCUGGGAUCAGCAACAAUGGCUACCGUGAUCAGCGUCUCGCCCUGCAAUGGGUCAACGAGAACAUUGCAGCCUUCGGUGGCUCGCCAGAUAAAGUUACAAUCUGGGGUGAGAGUGCGGGUGCUAUGAGUGUCACUGCGCAUAUGUUUGCCUAUAAUGGUCGUGAUGACAAACUCUUCCGCGCGGCUGCCGGCCAAUCUGGCUUCGGAGCAACUGUCACCAGCUUUACAAAGGGACUCACUUCCUCCGAGAACGCCGAUAUUAUUUACAACAGUCUAGUGGCAAACACCACCUGUGCCCCAUUGCUCGGCCAGUCUGGAAGCUUGGACUGUCUCAAGAAGCUGCCAAGAGAGGAGAUGGAUUAUGCUCUCAACGUCACCAAAGUCAGCGGUUUCGCUCCCAUCAUUGAUGGUGAUUUCUUCCAAGACUUCUCCACCAAUCAGCUGGAAGAUGGAAGAUUUGUGAAGGUUCCUAUCCUGGUCGGGGCCAACACGGAUGAGGGCUCCGAUAUGAACAAGGGCAUUCUGCCGGGCAGUAGACUCGUGAAUACUGAUACUGAUAUGAGAGAGGCGCUCACCUCUGUUGUCUUGGGACAGAAGACGAACAAGACUGUGGAUGAAGUAGUUGAUGAGAUUAUGUAUGUCUACCCCAACAUUCAGGCUGUUGGGAUACCUUCACUUGAGAAGUGGCCACAUGUUAUCGAGAAGAAUGACUCCUACGCCCAGGAGCUGGGCGCGCAGUACCGACGGACCACAGCAUUCUGGGGAGAUCUCAGGAUGCAAUGGGCAAGAAGAAGAGCAAACAUCGCAUGGCAUAAGCACGGUAUUCCAAGCUGGGCGUAUCGUUUUGACGUUGUCCCCAACGGUAUCAAGCCCUACGUCGGUGCUUCCCACUUCAAGGAGGUUGCAUUUGUCUUCCACAACCUGAACUCAGACGGCAUGCCCACUCCCCCAUUCGGUGGUGAAGAGCCAUAUGUAAGCAAGGCCAAGGCCGUGUCCGAUCAAAUGGCGACGGCAUGGAUCAACUUCUUCGUUAGUCUUGAUCCAAACGGCCCAAGUGCGCUCAGCAUUACCAAUAGUCAGACCUGGCCACAAUAUGACCCAUCGAUUGGAGGAGGUGUUGGUCAAGAGAUCGUUUGGGACCUGAAUGGAAAUUACAUAGAAUUUGAUGACUUCCGUGCUGAGGGAAUCAAUUGGAUGAUUGAGAACGCCGCUGGAGCUCUUGGAUAUUAG